AUCACCGCCGCUCAGUGUCUGCCCUGCGGCCGCAGCUGCGUCUCCCCCUGUCUGCUGCGCCCCACUCUGCGGCCUCUCCUCCUCACUACUGUCCCAUAGGAGCUCAAUCAGGAUGGCGCCGUUCGGAGUCAGGCUGGUGCUGUCCCUGGCGGUGGUGGCUCUGGCGUGGAGGGCUUAUGGACAGGAUGACUUCAGUCUGGAAGAUGCUUUUGAUGAUAUCCCAACUCAGAAGCCUAAACCUGCACCGAAACCACCAAAAAUUCCAACACACAACGUGGAUGAUUUUGACUUGACAGACUUCUUUGAUGCCACACAACCACCCAAAGUUGUCCCCAAACGUCCAACUAAGAAGCCAGAUGUAUUUAUCCCAACUAGGAAGCCCCGUGUAACUCCUAAGCCACCAAAAAAGCAAGGUUAUGAUGAUUUUAACUUGGAAGAUGCCUUGGAUGGGAGAAAUGACCCAAAGGGAGCUGGUUCCACCAUUAAUGAUAACGAUAAAUCCCAGGGUGGUAGAAACGCAGGUAAAGGUUUUGAUGACUCUGAUUUAGAAGGCGUGGUAAAUGGAGGCUACAAGCCAGAUAAAGGAAAAGGUGGGAGUCCUGGAGGUCGAGCUGCUGACAAUGAGAACUACGAUAACUCAGGAAAUUUAGCUGAGACUGGAACCAUUGCAGGGAUUGCAAGCGCUCUGGUGAUGGCAUUAGUUGGGGCCGUAUCCAGUUACAUCUCCUAUCAACAAAAGAAAUUCUGCUUCAGUAUUCAACAGGGACUUAAUGCUGAGUAUGUGAAAGGAGAGAACAUGGAGAAUGUGAUGACAGAAGAACCUCAAGUGAAAUAUUCAGCUUUGGAGCCUCAGUCUGCUGCAGCGCCCACGGGAGACCCAUCAAAAGUGUGAACAACGCAGCCAGACAGUUAUAUUACCCAUGGUAUCCGUUAUGAAAACAGCUGAGGAGGAAAAGUAUUUCCUAUAGCUGCCUAAUAGCUAUUAUCUCACUACCGAAAUGACAGAAUCUGAUUACUAUAGGAAAAUCCAUUUGGUUUCCUUGCCACU